GGCACGUGAGAAGGAGGCGGCGUGCGGCGGCAACCAUGGCGGGAGGAAUGAAAGUGGCGCCGGCGCUGCCGGUUGCUUCCCGGUUCCGGGGCUGGGGGCCCCGGGGCGGCGGAACGGCCUGGCUGCGCUUGCUUCUUGGCGGCUGCCUCGUCUGCAGCGCAGCUGGAAUUGAAGUACAAGUGGUGAUGCUGCAAGAAUCCCAAUUUUAUUAUGAGACUAAUAAUCAGCAGUUCUGUUACAAGAACACUCUUGUCCCAAGGUGGCAUGAAUUAUGGACCCGGGUGACGAUUCGGGUAAAUAGCUCCAGAGUGGUGAGAGUUACGCAAGUGGAAAACGAGGAGAAGCUGAAAGAACUGGAGCAUUUUAGUCUCUGGAACCUGUUCUCCUCCUUCCUGAAGGAAAAGCUGAAUGACACCUAUGUCAAUGUGGACCUCUACAGCACCAAGGUCUGCCUCAAAGUCGAGGUCCUCGAGAAGGACACCGAGUACAGCAUCAGCCUGUCCCGAAGAUUUGACCCCAAACUCUUCCUAGUUUUCCUCCUUGGACUUUUGCUUUUCUUUUGUGGGGACUUAUUAAGCAGAAGUCAGAUUUUCUACUACUCCACUGGGAUGAGCCUGGGGAUUUUGGCCUCUCUGCUAAUUUUAAUUUUCCUGAUGUCCAAGUUCAUGCCCAAGAAAAGUCCUGUCUACAUCAUCCUAGUUGGAGGCUGGUCCUUUUCUCUGUACCUGAUACAGCUGGUUUUCAAAAACUUAAAAGAAAUCUGCAGGUUUUAUUGGCAGUAUCUCUUAAGCUAUGUCCUCAUAGUUGGCUUCGUGAGUUUUGCUGUGUGUUACAAGUAUGGGCCCCUGGAGAAUGAACGCAGCAUCAACCUGCUGACCUGGGCCUUGCAGCUGACAGGCCUGUUGCUCAUGUAUUCUGGUGUGCAGAUACGGCAGAUAGCCUUUGCCCUUAUCAUCGUUGCAUUCUGCACUAAAAACCUGGAAUACCCCGUUCAGUGGAUUUACACCACCUACAGAAAGGUGUAUAAGGCAGCAGAAAAGCCGAUACCCCCUCGACUCCUGACAGAAGAAGAAUACCGAAUACAAGGGGAAGUGGAGACCCGAAAGGCCCUGGAGGAGCUCCGAGGCUACUGCAGCAGCCCAGAGUUUUCUGCUUGGAAGGCCAUUGCCCGCAUCCAGUCACCCAAGAGGUUUGCUGACUUUGUGGAAGGAUCUUCUCACCUCACACCAAGUGAAGUUUCUGUCCAUAAGCAAGAAUAUGGACUAGGGAGCAGUUUUGCAGAGGAUGAACUCUUUGAGGACAUGUCAUUUGAGGAAGAGGAUGAAGAGGACCUCAUGUGUCCCUCAGUCACACAGAACCAUUUAGUGUCUUAGGUGGCAUCUUGGUAUUUUCACAUAAACUGAAUUAAUUUCAAGGUGGCCAGAGCUUUAACACUCUGUGUGUGUGUAUACAAGUGUUUCCUGGCCAUCUGUGGAAGUGGCAUGAGAUGCUGCAAAGAUGCCAUUUUAGAGGCCUGAUGGGCAUCCCUUCUGAACCCUGGUUGGUGAUCUGUGUAAGGAUCUUAUGGGAAGCUAGAGGUUGAGUCAACUAACCAAAGAAUGUGGGCACUUCCUUCUAGAGCAAGUGAGCUGUGCCUUCACCCUCCUCUCCCACUGCAGGCCUUCUUGCCCACAGUGUUCAUGUCAGUACUUUGAUAGCCCUGGCAUUUGGUCGGUAUCUUCUCCACACAAGGAUUUUGUGCACUUUGGCCCAUUGCAGUGCUUUUCUGUGUGGUUGGCACUGAGGACCACCAUUCAUUAUCAGUGCAGAAAUGUGUUCAGAUAGAGGGUGGGGAAAAUUUCUCAAUCUCUGCUUCUUUAUAGGGAAAUCCACAGGUCUCUGGGAACUUCCUCUAUCCCUGCAUUGGUGGUUUCAGGAUGAGAUUUUUAUUUGGCUGUUUUGAGAAGGUACACUUCUUUCUCUUGGAUUUUGACUGAACUGCAUUUAAAUUAAAAAUAGUUCAUGCUUCAGAGUGGCAAGAAUCAUUGAAUCACACUAUCAUACUUCUCAGCCAUUUUAAGCCUCAUAAAUUACAGUGCUUCAACUUUUGAUUAAUUCCCUCUGGUUAUAAGAGAUUUUUUUUUAAGGGUUCUUUAUAGAACUUUACAUUCCAUGUAAUGAUAUCAGUUUUCAUUCCCUUCAUUUGUUCCUCCCUCCAGGAAUUGUCUAUGGCUUUCCCUUGAAGUAGUUACAGUUCGUUUUUUUAUCUGCAGUUUUGUUGGUCUCUUUUCCCAGAAAAACCAUUUAGCUUUGACUGGGCCAGCUGGGGUGGCAGAGGCAGUGUGUAAUUUUGUUCUGAAAAUUUAGCUACUUUUUCCCACCAGUUCCCCAUUUCUCGCCUCAGGGGCCACAUGCCUUUGAGUCACCAGAGAAAUUGGGCAGUGUGUGCUACCCCCUCUUCCUCUUUCUUUUUCUGUGUAGUUUAUCUCCCUUCCUCCUCCCCUAGUGCAGUCUGCGGGAGCCGGUGGAAGAGGCAUUAUCUAGGCUAUAGUCUUCUCAGAGUAGAAUUUUUCUCCCAUGUGCCUUCGGAAUGGGGGAAUGGAGGUGAGGAAGUAGUUAUAGUACUGCCAGUAAGAGCUUCAUGAUUAAAAAAAAAAAUCUCAAGCUGUUCAGCUGCCACCAUUCAGGGGACUAGCAAAUUAGACCUCAGGAUGUCCUCUCGUUGCCCUUGAUAGAUAAGCAUCGCAGUGAUCUUUGCUCAUGGUGUUGUGUGUGACUCUUUAUCAUCUGGGAUAGAGGGACAUUAACCCCUCAUUUCAGAUUUUCUCACCAUAAGAAGGAUUCAUGGAGUGAGAGCUGAUCUGCAACCAGCAAUGGGCUGUUAGAAAAGCCUUCCGUCCUAAGUUGGUCAUUUAAGAGUGGCCACGUUGCCAAGUGCCUUUUUCUUGUUUGACUUUCUGUGAUUUCAACCAAGAACCCCAUGAAAUUCAGACAUCAUGGAAAAGUAAAUUAGUUCAGAGAAUAGAAAUCCAUCAGAACAGCAUGAUCAGGGGAGGCUUCACACUCAUUGAUCCCAUUGUAAACAUGGAAAAGGCAGUUUGUGAAAGCAACAGUAACUUUUUCCAGAGCAGUCUUUAUGGCAGAGAUUCUGAGAUGCCUUAAGCUUAGCUGCUGACUUUCAAAAUGGCAGUUCUGAGACUCCACCCUUUGAAUGGCCAGUGGCGUGAUGCAGUAAAGGGAGAAAAGAAUAAACAGUGGAGGAAUGGGUUAUUGCUAACUGUGCUUCCCAAAACUCUGAGUAACCCUCAGGCAUCAUGGAUAAUCACAGGCUGGAAGUUCAUUCCUUGGAAAGGGGAGCAGUCAUACCAUGGAAACCGAAAGGAUGGAAAAGGGACAUGAGUACAAAAGGAAUUUCAUGGAAGUCAUGUCCAGUCCUGGAUCCCCUGAGUUGAGUAUAUUGUUAUCUGGAAGAAGGAGGAAUGAGUUGCUCACUUAACCCUGUGGAAAUCUUAGACAUCUAUUUUCAGAGACUUGUCUUUAUUUACAGUGUUUGGUUGGGACUCAGCAUAUUUUCUUGCUCCUAAGUUCUCCCUUUGGGGUUAGCAUUCAGUAAUAUAGACUCUGAUUAAACGAAUUCACCUGCCUGGCUGAGUGGGGGAGCAGAGGAUGGGGGAAAACGAGGUAGAGCUGGGUGAUUGAUAGCUCCCUCCAGAAAGCUGCUUCUGUGCAGAGGAAGGGUCCUUCCGAGCUGGGAGUGCAGUAGGUUCACAUCUGACAUCAUCUCUUUGGAAGGAAGGGGUUAUUGUCAGUGCAGAUGGCAGUUGGUUCCUGCAGCCCAGCUGAAGCCUCAAACAGUCCUUGAAAGUCAAGGACGUGUGUCUUUUGUGGGCUGCCCUGACCCUGUUCCUCCUUACUCAUUGUGUUCCUCUGCCCCAGGUGCUUCAGGGCUGUGUUGCAGAGAUUGCUUGGCUUCCCCUCUGCUGCUUAGCCGCCUGCCUCAGUCGCUACUUGAAGCCCCCAUUUAAUUUUCUUUGGCAGUUAUAGCUCCUGCAAUUUCAGCACUGCCUCGGCUCUGGGUUCCUGGACUGAUUUCAUCAAGGAGAUAACUGUAGAGUGAGCUGACUGUUGGAGCCCUGUCUGCUGCCACUACUUCAGGCUCUGUGUGGCAGACACCAGGCCAUAAAUUGGCCCAAGGGCACUCUGUCAUCAACACUGGAAAUCUCGUCUCACGUGGAAGAAACCAUGUCUGCCUGGACCUGGAAUUCAAGCAUCAUUGGACGCCUUUCCAUACCUCAUCAGAAAACCCUAGCAGCUACUUUUAAUCCCACCAAAAAAUGAGAUCGUUCUCUAUCCAGACCUUUUGCUCGUGGAUUACUAGUGCAAAGGUGCUAUGCCAGUGAUGACCCUUGGAUCUCAAUGUUACAUUUUGUGUUCCUAAGCACAUGCCUUUUCUUCACUGAUUAGCAAGCCCCCUUCCCCAGUCCGUGUGUGUGUGUGUGUACAAUAUGUAUGUAUGUAUAUGAAUGAAGGAUUACACUGAGAUAUGUGAAAGAACUAGAGAUAGACUGUUAGUCACAUCCACACUCUGAUAUCCUUGUAACACUCAAAAGUGAACUGAACAGUUGUCAUCCAGCAAAAUGAUAGUCACACCAAAGCCAGCAUAAAAAUGUGUCCAGGCUGUGUGCUGUGUUUUUCUUUGAAAUGAAGAGUGAGGGAGGAGGAGAAGAAAUGAGAGGUUAUUUAAGUGUUCCCUUGGACUCAGGUCAGAUUUGUGGGAUAAUAUUUCCUAUGAAAAUGCCAAGAAUUUUAUCUGAGCUGAUCAGAACCACUAAGGAAGGUAGUUUGACAGAUUUAUUGUGCCUACAUGUUCUGCUAGGACUGAAAUCAAGUAAUAAACCUGCAAAAUAGACAUUGCAUGCAGUAAAUGCACCUCGCUUCUUGCUUCUAUGGACUUCUCUAUAGCAGGAGCAGAAGUGAACUAACUAUGCAAAAGUGGAGCUUGGGCUCUUACAGAAUCUUAGCCCCAUAGUGUCUUGUAAUAUGGGUUUGGAUUCAGGUUGCUUCUUAGUUUAUGAAACCUUGAGAAUGGGAUUCCAGCUCAUAACUGGGGAAGUAUCUCCCUGAGGUUUUAUAAGCAUUGCUAAGUAUCCCGAAUGUUCAGUCAUUCAACAAAUAUUUAUUAAGCACUUGCAGAGUGCUGUGUUAGGUGCUUGAAGGUGUUAGAAAGCCUAGGUAAGUGGUUGUCCUUGCCCUUUUGGAGUCUAAUGUCUUAAGGGUGAAAGAUGGAGCUUUCUGUGAACUAUAAGCGAGGCAACUUUAUACCAAGACUACUUGGUCCCUUCAGCAAGCUCUUGGAUAGGCAACUUCCCUAAAUCCAGGGUCCUUGGCCUCUCUCACCUAAUGCCUCUUUCUUCCUAAGCUCCCAGUAGCCUGUGACAACUUUGAAGAUGGUGACACUGUCUUGAGUCACUCAAGAAAUGUUUUCUGUGUUUAAACUCCAUUUUGGGUCAAACCUGCUAUACCAGUGAGAGGCAUUAGAUCUAGGCUGUGGUCUUCUCAGAGUAGAGUUUGUCUGCCAUGUGCCUUUGGAAUGGGGGGGAGGAAGGUGAGGAAGUAGUAGUAGCAGUCAUUGGGCAGUGCCUUGGGGCUUGCCUUUAAAAAAAGAAAAAAACAUUUCUAUUACACACUUAAAACAUCUGUCUGUCCCUUUCCCCUUUACAAUAACAAAAAUGAUUUUUUUUGUUUGAUCUUGUCUUUGUUGUAUAGCUUGUAAAAAGUUUUAAUAAAGUUUUAUACAUUGCGUG